GCGGACCCGGAGGACAUGGAGGGCGAGGGGGCCCCGGGCCGGGCCGGGGCCGUGCGGGAGCUCUGCCGCUCCUUCGGACACUACAACCGGCACCUGGCGCGGCUGCAGCACAACCUGCGAGAGACCAGGAGGUUCUUCCGCGACGUCAAGUUCUCCCAGGGACACCCCUUCGCCCCGGAGGCCGCCGGAGACGCUCCCCGCGGAGGGGAUGGGGAUGAGGGGCCCGGGGACGGCCCCGCGCCCGGCGGGCAGAACUUCAUCUUUCCAUAA